UGGAAAAGAAACGCCGGGCCGGCUCGGAGAGAGACCAGCCGCCAAUCUCGGCGGCAGGAGCGGAAGACAGAGUAGCGCCGGGCUCCGUGGCGGGGAGGCAGUUAUGCCCGCCGUGCAGAAAACCGUAUCGGACCUGCGGUUCCGGGCCGAGGGGUAUGAGAAAACAGAUGAUGUUUCAGAGAAGACAUCACUAGCUGAUCAGGAAGAAGUGAGAACUAUUUUUAUCAAUCAACCACAAUUCUCUAAAUUUUGUAACAACCAUGUCAGCACUGCAAAAUACAACUUUAUCACAUUCCUGCCGAGGUUCCUCUAUUCCCAGUUCAGAAGAGCUGCAAAUGCCUUUUUUCUUUUCAUUGCAUUGCUUCAGCAAAUUCCAGAUGUUUCUCCAACAGGACGUUAUACAACCUUGGUUCCUCUCUUAUUUAUUUUAGUUGUAGCAGCAGUUAAAGAAAUAAUAGAAGAUGUUAAAAGACAUAAAGCUGAUAAUGCUGUAAACAAGAAGCAAAUACAAGUAUUGAGAAAUGGAGCUUGGGAAAUUGUUCACUGGGAGAAGGUUGCAGUAGGGGAAAUAGUGAAAGUGACCAAUGGGGAGCAUCUCCCAGCUGAUCUCAUCAGUCUGUCAUCAAGUGAACCACAAGCUAUGUGCUACAUUGAAACAUCGAAUUUAGAUGGUGAAACAAAUCUAAAGAUACGACAGGGUUUGCCAUUAACAUCAGAUCUAAAGGACAUUGACAGCUUGAUGGGACUUUCAGGCAGAAUUGAAUGUGAAAGUCCUAAUAGACAUCUUUAUGACUUUGUUGGAAAUAUUCGACUAGAAGGUCACGGUACUGUUCCAUUGGGACCUGAUCAAAUUCUUCUGCGUGGAGCUCAAUUAAGAAAUACACAGUGGGUUCAUGGUAUAGUUGUCUAUACAGGACAUGAUACAAAACUCAUGCAGAACUCGACAAGUCCACCUCUUAAGCUGUCCAAUGUGGAGAGAAUUACAAAUAUCCAAAUUCUGUUUUUGUUCUGCAUUCUUAUUGCUAUAUCCUUGAUUUGUUCCAUUGGGUCAGCUAUAUGGAAUCAGAAACAUGAGGAGAAGGACUGGUAUAUCAAUCUAAAAUAUGGUGGAGCUAACAAUUUUGGGCUGAAUUUUCUUACCUUUAUAAUCCUCUUCAACAAUCUAAUUCCAAUCAGUUUGUUAGUUACCUUAGAAGUUGUUAAAUUUAUUCAAGCCUAUUUUAUAAAUUGGGAUAUUGACAUGCAUUAUGAACCUACGGACACUGCUGCUAUGGCCCGCACAUCCAAUCUAAAUGAAGAGCUUGGCCAGGUCAAAUACAUAUUUUCUGACAAAACGGGCACCCUUACAUGCAAUGUAAUGCAAUUUAAGAAGUGCACUAUUGCAGGAAUAGCUUAUGGCCAUUGUCCUGAAUCAGAGGAUUAUGGCUAUUCUGCAGAUGAUUGGCAAAGUUCACAAACAAGAGAAGAACAAAUGUUUAGUGAUCAAUCGCUGCUGGAAAACCUUCAAAAUAAACAUCCAACUGCACCUAUAAUCUGUGAGUUUCUCACAAUGAUGGCCGUGUGCCAUACAGCAGUUCCAGAAAGAGAGGCUGAUGAGAUAAUUUAUCAAGCAGCAUCUCCAGAUGAAGGAGCAUUGGUUAGAGCAGCUAAACAACUUAAUUUCAUUUUCACUGGAAGAACACCAGACUCUGUGAUUAUAGAAUCUCUUGGACAGGAAGAACGUUAUGAAUUGCUAAAUGUGCUGGAAUUCACAAGUGCUAGGAAAAGAAUGUCUGUCAUUGUCCGCACACCUACAGGAAAAUUGCGACUAUACUGCAAAGGCGCUGACACAGUAAUUUAUGAACGGCUGGCUGAAAACUCAAGAUACAAGGAAAUUACCUUGAAACAUUUAGAGCUAUUUGCUACUGAAGGCUUGAGAACACUUUGUUUUGCUGUUGCUGAGAUUUCAGAAAAUGACUAUCAAGAAUGGUUAAAUGUCUAUCAAAGAGCUGCAGCUUCUAUUCAGAACAGAACUCUAAAACUGGAAGAGAGUUAUGAACUAAUUGAAAGAAAUCUUCAGCUACUUGGAGCUACAGCCAUAGAAGAUAAGUUACAAGACCAAGUGCCUGAAACAAUAGAAACUCUAAUGAAAGCAGAUAUCAAAAUUUGGAUACUUACUGGAGAUAAGCAAGAAACUGCUAUUAAUAUAGGACACUCAUGUAAACUCUUGAGAAAGAACAUGGGACUACUAGUAAUAAAUGAAGGCUCUCUUGAUGCAACAAGAGAGACAUUAAGCCAUCACUGCAGCACUCUUGGUGAUGCUUUGAGGAAGGAAAAUGAUUUUGCCCUUAUUAUCGAUGGUAAAACUCUGAAGUAUGCCUUGACAUUUGGUGUGAGGCAGUAUUUCUUGGAUUUGUCUCUGUCAUGCAAAGCUGUUAUUUGUUGCAGGGUUUCACCUCUUCAGAAAUCUGAAGUUGUAGAAAUGGUUAAAAAACAGGUAAAAGUGGUAACAUUAGCAAUUGGUGAUGGCGCAAAUGAUGUUAGCAUGAUACAGACGGCACAUGUAGGUGUUGGUAUUAGUGGAAAUGAAGGGCUACAAGCAGCUAAUUCUUCAGAUUAUUCAAUAGCACAGUUCAAGUACUUGAAGAAUUUACUCUUGGUCCAUGGUGCUUGGAACUACAGCAGAAUUGCUAAAUGUAUUUUAUACUGCUUCUACAAGAAUAUUGUCCUUUAUAUUAUUGAGAUAUGGUUUGCAUUUGUUAAUGGAUUUUCUGGACAAAUACUGUUUGAAAGAUGGUGCAUAGGACUUUACAAUGUGAUGUUUACUGCUAUGCCCCCACUGACACUGGGAAUAUUUGAGAGAUCCUGCUGCAAAGAAAAUAUGCUAAAAUACCCUGAAUUGUACAAGACUUCUCAAAACGCUCUGGAUUUUAACUCAAAGGUUUUCUGGGUUCAUUGUUUAAAUGGCCUCUUCCACUCUGUGAUACUCUUCUGGUUUCCACUAAAAGCUAUCCAGUAUGAUACUGUAUUUGCCAGUGGUAGAACUUCAGACUACUUGCUUUUGGGAAACACGGUAUAUACAUUCGUGGUAAUAACUGUAUGUUUAAAAGCUGGGUUAGAGACAUCCUAUUGGACUUUGUUCAGUCAUGUAGCCAUUUGGGGCAGCAUUGCACUAUGGAUAGUAUUUUUUGGAAUCUACUCUUCUUUGUGGCCUCUUAUUCCUAUCGCACCUGAUAUGUCUGGAGAGGCAGCCAUGUUGUUCAGCUCUGGUGUAUUCUGGAUGGGUUUGUUAAGUAUUCCUUUGACAGCUUUGAUCUUCGAUAUAAUCUAUAAAGUAAUUAAGAGAGCAGCAUUUAAAACACUAGUUGAUGAAGUUCAAGAGUUGGAAGCUAAAUCUCAAGAUCCAGGAGCUGUUCUUCAUGGGAAAAGCUUAACUGAAAGAGCCCAGCUACUGAAAAAUGUAUUUAAGAAGAACCAUGUCAACUUGUACCGCUCUGAAUCCCUGCAACAAAAUUUACUUCAUGGCUAUGCUUUCUCUCAAGAUGAAAAUGGGAUUGUUUCACAGUCUGAAGUUAUAAGAGCCUAUGAUACUACAAAGCAAAGACCUGAUGAAUGGUGAAGGAUGACAGUGUCACAGAUCUAUGUAUAUUUGCCAUAUUCAGGAAAACUGGUAUAUAUUUUCUGGGAAUGCUAAUAUGGUUCAGUAAGAGAGAUUAAAGGAAGAUGUAUAUUGCUGCUCUUAUUCCCUGAAGUUUGAGUUCACAUACUGAGUAGAUGUAAGCACUGUGCUACUAUACUGUAAUACACCAUCUCUCAAUUUUUCAACAAGUAUUCCUUGGAUUUUGUAAAACCGAGCUUGAAAUGUGAGACUUUUUUAUCAGAUUUUCCAGAUGCUAAUUGACAAUGAAGCAGAAUACAUAAUGUUCCUAUGUGUAUUGUUCCUAUGCCGAGCCAUAUUACUCAGCAUAGUAUACAUUGAGAACCAUAGCCUUCUCAAGGGUUUACAGAUAGUGAAUUAUUUAAAGUAAUGAGCCUUUGAUUUCAACAAGUGCUAUAUAACCAUUUUAAGUGACAGGAGCUCUUGUGAUGAAGUAAGAUUUCAAAGCAAACAUUUAUAUGGAAUUGUGUCAAAGUAGCCUAAGAGGUUUGCCAAAGAACUUUCAUAAUUCUCAUCCUACUGAGAAUCAUUUUCAGAUAUAUUUUAAAAGAUGGUUAUGGCAAAGUCAAGCAUGAACUCAAGAUUGCUUGCUUGACACUCUGUACUUGAAAAGUUUUACAACAAUGUGAACUUGCUACAGAUUGCUUUUUAUUGCAUUUUUUUUCACAUUUUGGUCACUUUCACUUUUGGCCUUAUACAAUAUUUUCUUUCAUUCAUGUUUGUUCACUGCAACGUGUACAUUUAGCACAGCAGCCAUUUUCUAUUUCAACAGUAUGUAUCUGGGACUAAAGACUUAAAAAUACUGAUUUGCCUUAUAUCCCUUCCUUAUGCUUAAGAACCAGGAUUUAGGGACACUUGCGCAUAGAAAUAACCUCCCUGUAAAGAUGGCCCCCUUCCACCAUAUUCAAACUUGUGAUUAAUACAUGCUUUUCUUAUGACAUUGAUUAACUGUCAGGGCCAUGCAAAGAGGAAAGGGUGGUGCCUUGAUACAUUUUACUUUCCCUCGGACAGCUGUAGACACAGAGAUGAAGGAGCCAACCAUGUUUUUGUUGUCCAAACAUCAUGCAUAGACAUAGUGCAUGCAUCCUCUGGGAUUUUUUUGUUCACACAAUACAACACUUUUUUUAAUAUAUAAGAUCCAAGACAUUAUUAUGUAGUACACAUAGAACAUUGCUCUUAAUGAACUAAGGAACAAGUGUUAUUUGAAAACGCAGGUUUUUAUUUAUAGUUAGUUGCCAGAGCAUGUUAUAUGCAAAGUAAUUUACUCUGGUGGUUUUCCUAAUUUAAAACAAUGAUAAAAAGGAGUCAUUAUCUCAUACUCUGGUUAUAGUUACAGUUUGCACUAUAAUGUAGUUGUAUUCUUGCAUUUCCACUUUUUAUUUAAAUUAGAUAAUGCUGAAGUUUAAGGAGUUGAAACUGUUGUGGGGGGCUUUUCAUGUGUGUUUUCCUAUAUGUGCAAGAAGAGAAAGUAAACUAAUUUUAAAAAUUACAUUUUUAAUCAGUAAUGUAAUGCUACCCUCCUUACAAACAGAAAUAUGUUGUUCUAAAGCAUGUUAAUUUGUUAAAAACAAUAUGAGUUAAUCUGAUACAGAGCUGCUAAUUAAUUUGUACUCUGAUUAAAUUUUAAAAACCAUUUCAGUUUGUCUAUUUUAAAAUAGAUAUUGAUAUUGAACAUUACAUCUUUGACUUGAAUGCAUGUACUACUAUUUUUCCUGUCUAAAGAAAAGUGCAAAUAUUCAGAUCAAUGUAGUAUUUGUGUGUAACUGUUCCCAUGGAGGUCCAAUUUAAAAAGUUGCAUCUAUUCAUAGUGUCUUUUUUCCACUAGUAAAUAGAAAAUAAAACAUAACAAAAACAGAAAAAUUCAUGCUUCCGAUAUCAUAGCCAAAAAUUGCCUUCACAAAAGCUACUUCAGGCAUAGAUAAUGAACCAAUGAACAAGGAAGGCCAACUCAGUUAACCUAAAGUACAAUAAAUAGGACAUCUCCUUUAUAAAAUGUGGACUGUUCUCUAAUAUUAUCCACAGGCCAGAUCCACUUUACAAAUUUCCCAAAUGAAUAAUUAAAAUUAUCAUUAUAUUCAUAAAACAACAUACAAUAGUGCAUAUUCCUUAUGAUUACUUAUAUGAACAAAAACGGCACAUAACAGACAUUCAUUUUAACUCUCUUCUUGCUAUUUGAGCACUUCCUAGUAUUUUGUCUUGAUCACUGGAUUUUAAACUACCAGAUUAUGUAUUUUAUUACACUUUUCUUUGUAAGAUCUCUCACACCUGUGUUCUCCAUGUCCUAGAUUUAAUAUUGGCUAAAAGCUGUCGAUAUUAGGAAAUGUGGUUUUUAUAAAAAUAAUGCAAUUGUGUAUUUGCACUGUCUUUGUUUAAAACUUCUCUGACAUUCAUAUCCAAUUUAAAUACUUGAGUUUUAAAGAACUUAUGCCCAUUAAAUUAGAUCUACUCAUACAAAAGCCAGGACAGACUUAGAAAGAAAGGUUCUGUACAAAUUCAGUUUCAGGAUAAAAGGAUAUAAAUGAUGUAUUAUACAGUAUAGGCUGAAAUCCUGUUCCUUAGUACAAUAAUUUCAUAACCUGCAGUUUGUUUCCAGCCAACAAAUAAAAAGUCCCCGUCACAAUUUUCAGGAGUCCUUGUGCAGCCCACUGGCUUGAUGCAUGUGCUCAUACUCCCAACAAUCAUGACUGACUUUUUAUUCGCUGGUUAGGAACAGAUUGAAAAUUACUAAUUUUCCUUUAUUACGCAACAGGAUUUCAUUCAUUUUUAGGGAUAUAUAUAUAAUUUUAAAGUACCAUAUUUUACUCAAAUUAUAGCAAAUAAAUGUAAAAUACUGGUUUUGAAAUUUUAAAAAUGUAUUUUUCUUUUAAUCAAAUUCAUAAGGGAAGCUAUAUGUUUUGUAUGAAUUAAGUGUAUUGCAAAACAAUUUCAAGUUAAUUUUAUAACUGAUUCAUCGAUUGAAUGAAAAUGGUGGCAUUCAAUUGAAAAAAAACCUCCACAACUCUGUAUAUUUUUAAUUCCUUGGGAGAAUGUAAUAACCAGAACAUCUGUCAAUUGGAAACACUUUGAGAAGCCAUAAGUGGACUUGUUUUUCUUAGUGUUAGAUUUAUUUUUGCAAACAAAUGUUAACAAAUUUAUAGUUAAAACAUUCUAGUUGUAUAAAAAUAGAAGAGAUAUUUAAAGAAAUGUAAUAAAGUCUCACACGGGAA